UGUGGAAAAGCUCCCGCGGUCCGCGCCCCGAACACUAAAGAAGUUCCCUUUGAACAAACCUGCUCCUCGGUGUUACGAAAGCGGUGUCUCCUUCCCUCUGGCCGACUCUGACUCUGACUCUGACUUCGCGCGUGUUGUGGAACUCUGGGAAAGUGCCGACCAUCGGGGGAAAAAAACUGGGUGGUGUAGUGGAAGAUCCGGCAGGAAGAUCCGCGAGACGACCUCUGUUGCAAACGUCAGAGCAAUAAACGUCAGGGAUAACCACCACCGGGAGGGGUCGGAAGAAGGUGCUGUGCGGGCGCGGUGUGAGUGACGGGUGGAAGGACACGUUCACAGGACUUGCUCAGUCGGCGGCGGCUAGAACAAGACCAGCUGCGUCCUCGGAAGGAUGGAUUAAUUACACACACGCGCCGCACACAGGACAUUGGGUGGAAAGCCGUUUUCCCUAGUGAAAUCCGGUCAGAAACGUGAAGAAAAAAAGGACUUCAAACUGCGUAACAACAAAGCAGAUCGUGAAACUGCAGCUGGAACUCGUAUGCAAAAUCAAAAAAGGAAUUUAAGUGGCAAUUAAUUAAAUACCUCCUCGGAUCGUGAAGAGAAAGCCGAAAAAGGAAGAAAAAACACACACCCAAAGGAUUACGGUGGAAUAAUAACUGUGAUAGCAAGUGUAACCCGCGAAAGAAUUAACUAGAAGAAAAUUGUGCAAACCUCGUCCUCUCGGAGCAUUGAUUUUAUUUUCCGACCGGUGCAAAACCACACGCAAAACAUAAAUCAAAAAAAGGUACCAAGCGGAAACCUCAUAGUACAAAAAAAAAUCAGAUGAAUUUAUUUAAUUAGGUGUAUAGAAAAAGGUGGUGAAUUUUUGGAGUUCUAUUCCCGGGCAAACAAAAAAUAAUCAAGGAAAAUCGUUUUCUGUGUUAAUAAAAAAAAAAAAAGUGGGAAAACGCACAAAAUCAAAAGAGUCUUCUAGAGAGUGCGACCCAAAGUGAAGCUCGAGAGCGAGUAAGAGCCGCUUUUUUUGUACCAAAGCAGCGAAAAAUAAUAUACAUAAAAAAACAGUGACACAAUUUUGAUCGAGACUCACACUCAAGACACUACCACCAUCCUCCCCGGGGCCGGGGCAAGUUUCUAAUUUCUCAAUCGGUUAAUGAAGUAAGAUUUCGAAAAAUAUAAACGAGUGGAAAAAGGCAGAGCAAAAGCAAAAGCAAAAGAAAAAAAAAACAACAUCGAAAGAAAUACAGAAAAAAAAUAGUAUAUCCAGUGAAUAUAUUUUUUCGGCUCUGUGUCGAAGUGUGUGAGUGGGUUGUUGGUGUGCCGUUGUCGAGAUCGGUAGGAUUUGUAACACAUCGGAUUUGUGUGUAUGGUUUUUCUGUUUCUUGCCGUAAUCUCCGGCCUAUAGAGGAGAGUGCAGUGGAAAAAUCCCUACCGGCCACGAGCGGCCAACGAGUUUCAAGUCGUUUCUGAAAGCCUAGGAAAAGUGCGUCACCCAGCGCCCUCCGCAGCCAGCAGCAGCCACGUGGUCUUACUACCCUUUGGCGGGCGCCUAGCGACGAUUCCACGGCCGCCGGCCGCCACCAUCUAUCCAUUCGCUGCUGUGACCGUGUGCUAAUGCUGGAGUGAGACGGAACGAGAUCCUCUGGCGAACGGGGAAAACCGAGCUUUUUCGAAAGAUCCCAACCUGAAUGCCGGCGGUAUUAUCAGUAACCCGCGGAACGCCACACACCCCACGUCCUCGCGCGGAAUAUAAUGUCAACUGGUGAGCCGGAUUCGGCUGGUUCGCAUGGACUAGGACUUGCAAUAGCGUUAGGCGGGGGCUCCUCCACAACCUCCUCAACCACACCAUCGUUAUCCGUCAUGGAGCCCCCGGCAAAUCUCAUCAUAAAAGCCAAGGAAGAGCCCGAUUGUGAUACGGAACGGAACGUAGACUCAAGCAUGGACAGUAGCGCUCUUGCAACAUGCCUCUCGACAACGAUCUCGGCCCUUCGCGCUAGUCACAACGAUGCAAACCGCGGCAGCAAUGUCGACGAUAGUUUAUCAGACCACUCGGAAUCCACGACUCCGAGCUCGGCGGCUGCCCAGCUGCUCGAAAGUCUCAAAAACAACCUGAACAACAACAACACAAGUGCAAUCAACAACAACAACCCGCUGCACGCCAACAACAAUAACAACAAUAAUAACAACAACAACAACAAUGGCAACCGGAAGUUGUUCGAAUGCGAUGUGUGCAAUAUGAAGUUUUCGAAUGGCGCCAAUAUGCGCCGACACAAGAUGCGUCACACCGGUGUCAAACCGUACGAGUGUCGCGUCUGCCAGAAACGAUUCUUCCGCAAGGAUCACCUGGCGGAACAUUUUACCACGCACACCAAAACACUGCCCUACCAUUGUCCGAUCUGCAACCGAGGUUUCCAGCGACAAAUAGCGAUGCGGGCACAUUUCCAAAACGAGCACGUGGGUCAGCACGAUCUGGUCAAGACCUGUCCCCUGUGUAGCUACCGGGCGGGAACGAUGAAAUCCCUCCGGGUGCAUUUCUUCAACCGCCACGGAAUCGACCUGGACAAUCCGGGACCGGGGACGCCAUCCUCCCUGCUGUUGGCUCUGGAUCAGCACAACACAGCGAAUCUACUGCCCGCGUUGGCAGCAAUGAAUGCGGUCAACGCGUUCAGCGAUUCUGGUGAUUCGAUGCGCUCGGUAGAUAAUGUAACGCCACCGAUGCACUUUCUCACACCCCAUGUGGAGAUCUCGAUGGCGGACAACAACGAGGUUGCUCUGAACUGCAGCCGAGACGGUCCAAACGGAACCAGCGGCAGUACCAACGGGCCUAGCAGCGGCGGCUCCGGUGGCUGUAUGGGCAGUAACGACAGGAGCACCCCAACCCCAACGAUUUCCUCCGGGCUGGACAUCCAGGCGAUUGUGCGACCUUCGAAUGGUGGUUCACCCUCGUCGCCCCACUCGGCGGACUCCAACGCACCCUCCAGCUCCCACUCAUCCUCCAUGCUUCCAUCUCUAGUACAAAGCUCAAGGCAUAUUAUUUUUGAUAACUCUAUUACACCGUCGAUCAGCUUGAUUCCUAUCAAACAGGAACCAACAACAAACGAUGAGUACAAUGAAACCAAACCACGAAGUAACAGUAGUUCGGAGAAUCCGACCUGCAAUAUUAGCAAUUCAAGUGACAGCGUGGCACCGACCUCCAGUCUGACAUCGCUGAUAAAGGUGUCCCCCCUGAAGUCGCUCCUGCGCGAGGAUCUCAAACGGCGAAUCUCGGCCCGGGCCACGAGCCGUGCCAGUCGCAACGGACUGCUUACCUCACCCAACCCAGCGAGCAGUCCAAAGCCGAACAGCAGCACCGCUACCUCCUCCCCGGCCCCGGAAUGUGGCACCUCGAGUAGCAGUAGUAGCAGCAGUAGCAGCAGCAGCAGCGGUAUCGGUAACAGCAUCAACGGAACAACGAGUAGCAGCAGUAGCAUUAGCAGCAACGCCACAGCCGUGGCCGUCGCAACUACCUCAAAUGGUACCAUCACGUCAACCGGACCGGAAACGGACAUGAUCCUGUCCGGUGGGUUGAAAUCGAAACGGCACCUCCAGUGUCUGUUCUGUGGAAUCGAGUUCCCAGACCAGACGCUGUACUUCCUCCACAAGGGCUGCCACAGCGAGAGUAAUCCGUGGAAGUGCAAUAUCUGUGGCGAGCAGAUGAGCAACGUGUACGAGUUCAACUCCCACUUGCUCAGCAAAAGCCAUCAAUGAUGUUAGGCGAGGGAAAGGGAAACAUUUUGCUGGUAAUGUUUCUCUUUUUCUAAUCGCUUCCCUAGAAAACCACACAGAAACUUACAGAGUUAUUUUCCUCGAUACAGUUGGGUUGGACGUUCCUUUUCUAUUCUCCCCUCGAAGUGGUCGAGGCAAUCCUAGAGUAGACACUUUUCUCCUCCGUUAACUCUCAACAUAUUCAGAAAACUAAGAUUCGUCUGUGACACUUUUGUAGAUUACACCAACAGCGAUGGCGUAUGAUUGAAGCUGGUGUGGUCACGUUUUCGCGACAGCCAGCGUCACUAAAGACAGGGAUAACAAAACAGUGAUGUGAACCAGUCGUUACUGACUAUAAAAUGUACGUUAAGCGGAGCAAAACGGCCAAUUACCUUCCUGAUACUACCUUACUUUCUUCCGGAACAUGCGAUCGACUCGCUUGCUCCUCGCUCAAAGUAUUCUACACUCUCAGAGAAACAGCACACCCACACAUCAUCUCUUUUAUUUGCCCAAACCCUUAAAAUACUGUAUGAGGGAGAAAGAUUAAUAUUGUUGAAUAGAGGAAACAUAUAUUUAUUGUCCGUCCAAUAGAAUUUAAAACAGGAAGAGAACGUAGGGAGCAGAGAAAAAUUAACCAGAGAGUUUACACACAACACAAAAUAGCCAAAGGUAUAAAGUCGCAAACCAAGGUUUAGUGGGGGGGGGGGGUUUUAAGAUGACCCUCUGGAUGUCAUAUGAUAGUCACGGAGGCCGAUUUUUCUUUUGUGUACCAUAUUUGGCUUUGCACCCUCUCGACCAUUGGCCAUUGUGGAGCGAAGGGGCACGCCGUCCAGAGCGGCCGGGAUCCGGAAACGGGGAUAGCUAUAAGAAAAUAGUUCCGAACGCAUAAGAACACCUGUGGUAAUCAAAAGGGCGUUUGUGAGAUGAGGAUCGCGAGCGCUAGGAUGAAACACGUACACCUUCAGUAACAGCGAAUGGACGAUAGGAUAGCAAUACCAGUAAGCUUAAGUAUGGACGACAACGAAAAACUGGAAACGGUUGGGGCACUUGAUUUUUAUCAAAUUUUCACAUUUAUCUAAAUCAGGAAUAUGGUUCACUGAUAUUCGAAAAAUAUAAUGACAAAAAAGGUGGUUCACGGGAUGGUUGCAUUGCGGUUUCGAACACCGAUUGGUUUACUUGGUUUACUUAUUGGAUUACUUAUUUCCAACGUUACGGAUCUUCUGUAAACGUUAGUAUUUCGCAAGGAAAAUUUACCGGAGUUACAAUGGUAUACCUUCCAAAAUGCCAUUAUGAAUCUCAAUCCAAGUAUUUAUGUUAGUACCAUAAAUAAUUGGUAAGCAAAAUUUUUCAAGGAACGAUAUUGAGGUAAAUAAUGUUGAUUUCUUCAGUUUAAAAUAUGAUCUUGGUUUGUCCACUUUUUUUAAUGCUCUAGUUCAGCGCAUCUGUGUCAAAUGAGGUCCUCAAAUAUUAAAAACAUAUAAAUCAAAUUGUCUUUUUUAUGAUUUACAGUAGUUUUAUAGGAUAUUUUUACGAAUUAACCAGCCAUUUUUCCAUUUCCAUUUCGUUCGAGUUAUAAUUCCCUAUUUCGAACGGAAUACAGAAUGGAAUCUCAUCAAGUCGUUCGAAAUAUUCCGAAUCGACCGAAAUACAGAAUAGGGGUGAACAUCUUUUGCACCUCGUGCACCACUUGUAUCAGAUUUAUAUAUCUAUAUCAUGCAAUUAAUGUACCUCAAUGACCUCAGUUCUGAUCAUGGUUUGUCCUAUGAGCUGAUGUUGGUUUGUCCACAUGAUUACCAUGAUAACCGCUUGGCGCGCUGCAGUUUGUUUGUUUUGUUGUUCUCCGCGCGAAGCAGAAAUAAAGUUUCUCUGUGUUAAGUGCUGUUCACCUUUAAAAUGCCCAACAAAAGAUAAUUUUCUGAAGAAAGCAUAAAUUAAAAAUGGAUCAAUAUGAUGACAGUAAACUCAACCAAUAAGAAGUGCUACAUCUACUUCAAUAUUUGAUUUUUGACGUAGAACUACGUCUUUCAGGAAGGGUGCCAAAUCAGAAAAAAUGUCACGUUUUUGUGAAAUAAAGUUAAUGUUAAUAACUAUUUUCACAGCGAACAAAUUCUGAUACUUCGCACACCAAUGGAAUCGGAAAUUCUCUAAGAUUUGUUUGAUAUACUAUACAGUACAAGCCACUAACACCUAACAGUUUAAAUUAAUGAAAACUGGAAGCAUUCUUAUUUUCCCAUACAUUUGUUCUGCCGAUUUGUGUGCAUUCCCGAACAGACCUUUCAAUAAUGAGCAAUUGAUACAUUCGUUUCUGACCGUUUUCAACAUAUUUGGUUUAAAUAAGCCAUCCGCGAUUUGAGCCACACCGCUUCUCGUUUGGUGGUCAUCGAAGCAAGAGGGUUUCCGCAGAGUGUCGAGUGGGAGAGGAUUGUUUUCUGGACGGGUGAAGGAGGAGUAUGGAAUAGAGGGCCCUUCUCAGGGCUAGAGGCGGAAACCAAAAAUAGAAUAGAAUGAAAACACAGAUGCGAAUGAGCUAGCAUAACACAACGAGCGGAUAUCAUUCAUGCCUAAUGCUGAUUUCACACACAUACACACAGCUCGAUACAAGAAGAGGAAGCCCUUUACGCUUUAAGCAGCAUACGAGAAUUUUUUGUGCUAGUAUAUUUUAUGAAAGUAUGCUUUCAAAUUUCAGCAGUGUAACCUUACUGUUUCAUGUUGUGGGGUUCGAUCACAUCUGAAGCGAAAUAUAGGAGCAAAAGGGUUCAUAGUUUAUAAUCGAUAUCUGAGUUGGAAGGAGAAAGUCUGAUGCGAGUUGAACCAAAUAAACGAGAAGUGCUUAUAGCUUUCGACUCUACUCGACUCUUUCGAGUCUACUGAAGUAAUAAAAAAUUAAAUAGCUAAAAAGAUAUUACAAAAAUUUAGAUGCAUUCUAAAGUAAUAUCCAAAAUGAUAAACGAGUGGAUUGAAUAAUAUAAUUCCGUAGUUCUACGUCGAAAACUGUGGCCGUGUCCUAGAUACAACCCAUUACAAUUUUUUUCAUUAAAAAAUGAUGAUUUCUAAAAUCGGACACAUCGCGAUCAUUUUUCGGACAAACCAUGAUCAUAAUUUCUCUUUGAAAAGAAUUGUUAAAAACCUAAAAAUUUGAAUAAUUUGAACGCGACUUGGGGCAUUCCAACAAACCCAUCCCAAACACAAAAUCGUCUUGAUUAUGUGUGAUUGUUAACGAAGAAAAAUCGAUUUGCGUUCACUAGUUACGUGAAAACACCCUAAAUCGGAUAAACCAACAUCAUUUACCCUACAUAUAUUUAUAUACAACGAAUGAUAUAUUUUGAUACAAACAAACAUUCUUCUUCGAAGCUUCCAAAAGUACAGGAAUCUCACGUUUCUUAUUACCUUGGCAUCCCAGGUCAUGUUUGAACACAUUGUGCAUUGUUGAUUUAGAAACAUUUCGAGAUCAGCGACCAUUUUACGUACAGAGCGUUGAGAUUUUCGUCGAAUUCGCUCCCGACGAUCUCAAUCACCCGCUCAGUCCUAAACAUCUUCUGCCGAUUAUUCUCUGGUCAUCCAACGAGGUAGUCUCACCAAUACCUCCUAAUGGUUUGAUAAACAAAAUCACGCUUCACACUUUUUCCAUAAAUAAUUUUAUCUCCACUGCACGAAGCUCUUCCAUCGAUGAUAAACACAUACAAAGAUAAUUAUGCGCUAAUGCUUCACCACUAUAAGGAGGUAAAAAAGUGUAUGAGCCUGAAACAUGAAACUUUCCAAUCGCAAUACCUAAUUUACAAUCCACUUGGUCUCCCUAAACCACCGGAAGUCCUGGAAAAACGUACGACUGAUCAGGAACCGCUGUAAACAACUUUCUGCGCACUCAUCCCGAUCCGCUAUUGACAAAAUUGCGCGCACUCAUUCCGAGCCGCUAUCGAUCGAAUCCUGCGCAGUCAUUCCGAGUCGCUAUCGACAGAAUCCUACGCGGUCAUCCCGAGCCGCUACCGACGAAAUUUUACGCGGUCGUUCAAAGCCGCUAUAAGCCAAACCAUGCAUGGUCAAUUCGAUCCGCUGUCGAUUUAGAAAAAUGCAGUCACCUGCGUCAUUCAGUCAAAAUCCCGGCCCGCUGCCGAAUGAGAACAACAAAUAUAUCCUACGAAGAUCUGCUAAUAGCAGUAUGUUGUGGAUAAGUUUAAUAUGUUUUAAUAAAAUAUUUCAAAUAAAUAUUGCAGCUUAUUUAUGAGGUUUAACUAACAAAAUAUCGAGUCAAAUUAUGCUCUCCAUACGGUCCUCCCGAGCCGUACUUUUUCUGCGCGGUCGUCAUGAUCCGCAAAUAUUUUUACAUCCAUUUUUAAACAGCACGGUCGUCCCGAUCCGCACUCUUAUUAAUAUCGUUUUUUUCACACGAUCGUCCCGAUCCGCACGCUUAUCAUUAUCAUUUUUUUCACACGGUCGUCCAGAUCCGCACUCUGAUUAUUAUCAUUAUCAUUACGGUCGUCCCGAUCCACAAAUGUUUUACUGCCAUUUUUACACAGCACGGUCGUCCCGAUCCGCUCUCUUAUUAUUAUCGUUUUUUUCAUACGGUCGUCCCGAUCCGCACUCUUAUCAUUAUCAUUUUUUGGAACCAUUCCAAGCAGAAAAUUCACAAACACACAGAAUGAACUCAACAACAAAGCGACUUUUACUCCAAACUCUGGAGAACCUUCAGCGGUCUGAAUACAUAUUGUCCCUAGAAGGCAUUAGUUCAUCUGCACUCGAGAGCUCCAACGAUUGUGACUUUGUAUUUUUAUUAUUGGGCCUACACUAUACAAUAAAUUAAACUAUAUUUUUACAACAACGACGACUGUUUCAAUAAUUAGCUUUUUGGAUAUGGUUUGAGUUACAACCAAAUCCACAAAGCUGAAACGAACAAACUGAGUUAUCACAGUUCUUAUAUUCACUCAGUCAACGGCCCAUCAAGCCAAUUAUCAUUUGCAAACACACAAAAUAUAGUUUGCCGUUGCGCAAUAUAUUCUUUGUUUACAUUUAUUGAAACAAACUUCAAAAGCUCAAGGCAAGUUCAAUGAAAUGCGCCACACAACAAUACCAAUUAGAGCAAACAUGGAACAUUCCUUCAAACCUUGUUCAAAAGUGAGUUUCAUCCCAGUCUCCUCCGAUAUGACUGUGAAGACACUUCUUUUCGUACCAUGUGAAAGACAUUCCAAAAAAAAUCACCUGGCAUCCCUGCUUACGUCAGCGAUAGCGAUUGAUCAGUGGUUUACGAUUCCCACUUUCUCACAAUAUUUCACCUUUUAUUAGAAAACUCACUUGCGGUGUGGUAAGUAAAGAAAAGAGUAUUCAAAGUAUCUGCUGAAAAUUCAGCAGUCUGGCAGGAUCGCCAAAAUGUGUGACCUCUAAAAAUUGAAAAGAAUUGACGAGCGUGGAAGAGCGAGGAUAACUGAUGAACUAUUCUAGUAAAUUCAACCUGACUUCAAUCCACACUACUACUCGCUCCCUUGUUGCCCGCGUACACGAUCUGAUUUUAACGUCCAGAUGAAACGAAAACUUAAUUUCUGAUGCAAAAAAGUAGUUACAUCAUUGAUGGACGGCUCCAUUGUUUACCCACCGUGAACUCAAAUCAACGAACUUAAACAGUUACCAGGUAUGCUAUAAAGGUCCUCGCGUUGAUAUAAUAAAUAGCUACAGUUCGGGAGGAAUUCUAAACUAAAUUUUAGUUCACUUUGUCUCCGAGUUUUGUGGAAAAAAAACCAACAGGAAAACGGGUUUAUUUAAACAAAAUUCACAAAUUAAUCAGAUUUUCUGAAUACAACACUGCACGCUGUUUUAUUGGUGUGAGUAAUUUUCGUGUGCGAUACAAAAAAAAUAAGCUCACUUGUAGUAUAUUUCAUACCUCAUUGAACCAAACAUCGAUACAUGCAUACGUGAUAUAUGAGAGAGCGAAACGAAUUCAUUUUGGGGGAAGUCACUUGCAAUGAAGUCCAACUGACGGGGAAGAAUGAAAUGAGAUAGUCGAGUCGUAGAGUGAGAUAGCAAGUAAACGCCCGAAUGACUGUUGAGUCAUGUUGACGGAGAAACUGCUAGAAGAAGCCAAAACUCAUUGUCAAUUGAAUACGAAGGCGAAAUUCUUAAAAGUCCCGUGACUAUCCUUAGUUGAAUAUGACUUUUCCGAGCCUUGAUUCUGACUAUUAACCGGUGCGUAAAUUGUAAAGGAUUUUUCGCACUCCACUUGAAGAGCUCCGUUACGAGGCUGGUAAAGCCGCUUUGUUAUUUACAUUUGGUCGACCGUCAGCGCUUCGAGAGUUAUAUGGGACCAGCCGCUUUGUGGUUCCUCAGCUGGUCACGCUUGGUCCAGACCCUUACCAUUUUCUUACUACAUUCUAAAAUCGGUGAAUGACUGAUUACCAUUAUAUCCUCAAAUCCCAGUUGGAUUCAAAUUGUAUAUCUCUUCUGUCCAUUUUACAUGUCUGUCUUACGAACAGAAAAUUGACCUGAAUGUCAUGUGUUGGCGAGGCUGAUUCGUGUGGCUCAGUAUGGAUGGAUAAUUACCGAAGCUCAAAAACCCGUUAGACUUCUUCCAGAUUUACUGCACAUAAACGAGAAUUAUGUCAAUACUGAUUCAGAUUGUUAGAUAACACUUGAGAUACACAAUUAGAUAUUCACAAUCAGGUUUGAGAUUUUGAAGCAAGUUUUCUGACUUUUACUGGCACACGCGUAUCUUUGAAUUAGCUCCUAAAACUACAAACACAAUUUAGCAUCGAAACAUUUCAAUUUCUACUCCGAGGAUUAAUCCUACUGAGAAAUGUUGUGACAUCGAAACAGAAGGCAUGUAGAGCAGCCUCAGAACCAGUCACAUAAAUUUUUGGGCCUGAAGAUCUUUCAAUUUUGCUCGCUCUGUGGCAAUAUUUAUGAAUAACGUCAACAUUACGUCUGAGUCUCGCUACAGUCAACGGAAUUGACCGAAUUGACAACGGAAUAUAAGAAUGCAACACAAAGUCUUUCAUCUUUCGAUGAUGUAUACUUGAUAAAUAGUCAUUGAUUUUGGACAGUCAUGCAAGUGUAACCAUGGAGUCUUCGUUGCAUAGAAGCGACCCACCAAUUGGCAGUAGUAACUCCUACUUUCAGAGGUGUCUAAUUCAUGGUCAUCCUAAGAUACAUUCAGCUUCAAAUAAGUUCUGGAUCUUUUCAGAUUGAUGCUGCUGCUAAAUAGUGCAGAUAUUGGGUGUACCACCACUUACUUCAUUCCGUUUCCACAAGACGGCUCAAGGUGCCGAGUUUUGCACAACAAGUUCAAUUUUUACUGCGUUGAAAAUGUCUUGUUUGGUUGCACCAUUUGCGGGAAGUUUUGAUUUUCUGUUUCCAUUGAAAGAAAAGUGUAGCUGAAGCACAUUGGAUGGUUGUGGAAGUUUACGUUGACUUUGCACCAUCGGAUAGAUUUCGUAGGGAAUGAUUUGGGCGAUUUCAAAGUGGUGAUUUUAGAAUUAAAUACAAAGAGUGCUUGGGUAAACCGAAAUAAUUUGUAGACGAAGAAUUAGAGACAUUACUCUAUGAAAGAUCAUGUCAAACGCAAACGAAGUUUGCAGAAUCAUUGGGAGUAAGACUAUGAGCUAUUUCUCAACAAGUCAAACCCGCAAGAUACAUCCAAAAGCAAGAAAAUUAUGUUCCAAGCAAAUCGAAAACGAGAGAUGUCUAUCUAUGGUGAAGAUGCUUUUCACAAUUUACGAAUGGCUUUUAUUUCUAUCAGACACGUCUACUAAAGCUAAGUCAGUCAACAAAUCCAGUUAACAUCAUAUAUCAUUAACACAUUAAGGACCGCACGUUUUGGGUCAAACUUGAACGCUUAAUUUGUUCGGAUUCCACCAAUGCGAUCGUUUCCUACGAUGUGGAUGAGACGAAGGCGAGCCAUCGGUAGGCCUCGUUAGAUUUUCGGCAAACCAUCAUGUGUAGAAAACACGGGUUAUUUCGUGAUCCAUCCGUAACAGACGGAACGCAAAACACGAGAAAACAAUGUGUUAACAUCCUACACAAACAUAUACGGUGUACCUGAAACUACCGCAAAACCACGCUCAUUCCCGGGUGAACCAUAUCUUCGACUGCUCGCCAGCGUUUCCAGGGUUUCGAAAAUCGUUUCCGUGACUUAACACCCACUUUGGUUUCCGAUUUACUGUAUUAUUGUUUUUCACCCUGCCCCGAGAGGUAUGACAAAAUCUAUCUAAACAAGCAAAUGGCAAGGGAACGUGUUUCGUUCUCAUUUAUCGAGGAAGAUGGAGAAAUAUUAUACUAAAUAAUAAAACAAGGAAAAAAGAUAGUGUUUAUUAGAAUUAAUGGUAGACAAAAACGGUUCGUUAAGUUUGAUCAUAGUUUUUUUUUUGUUUUGAUUUUGUACAUAGGAGAAAAAAUCCACAGAUACGACGAGUGAAACAUUACUGUUAUUAUUUUGUUUUAUAAGUUUUGGUUUUCACCCGGCAAACCGUUGCACAUUUACAGAUAGCGUUAAUUUGUCAUAUAAGGUGAUUUAGAAACCAAGUUCAGGCCAAGGUGUAACCGAGAGUUCGAUAGUGUGAGCAACUGAUUCAAUGGAAGGAGACUAAUUAUUCUAUAAGGACAUAGCUAUAUUUAUACAUCUUCUUGUUUUUGUUAUUGAGAGAAAUUAUUAAACGUGUGAAGAGGUAUGCAUUGAUCUACAAAUCUAGAUGGUAAAAAUUAUUGAGCAACAAAAUAUUGGAGAAAAAAAUUCAAAUCGAGAUAGAAUAACUUACAAAGAUUAUUUUAUUCAUAAUUGGAUAAUUACUGUGCAGGCGCAAACAAAUGUACUUAAACUUAAACCAUCGGUUCAAAAAUAUUCAUACAGCUAGAGAGUAACUAGGAGAUGAACAAACGUUUGAACAGAAAAUAGGACAAACUGCCCCAAAGCACCACCACAAAUGCCCACUGCGAAAUCUAACUGAACAAAAUUACUGGCGGAAGGAAAUCUACACUCAAACCACACAAAUAGGAACAUAGAAUAGCAUAUUUUCAGGACCAACAUUUGCUCAUAAUCAAUAAUCCCCUACGGAGCAGGUAAAUCCAAAACAAGAUAGUCUACAAAAUACACUAUUUACUUUACAAAAAAGUUUUUAACGACAAAAAAUAGGAAACAAAUUCUUUAGAUAACGUUUUAAGCAGAACACAAAUUUUACGAUUUUUCAUGGAAAAAUUUCACAUUGCAAAAACUAAGAGUAACCAACAAAAAUACAAAUUCGAUGGUACCUACACAGAAAAGGAAAGCUGUUCAAAAGCAACCACCUUUUUAUAGAUGUCUCACUUUCACUCAACGAAACAAAAAAAAAACAACUCUAACAAAACGAAACACAAAAUUGGACAGUCUUAGGAAUAAUAGAAAUAAUUUCAUUCGAUUCAAAAUUUCAAAAUUAUUAGAAAUACUUUUUAGAAUAAAAAAACAACAACUGAUAAGGCAAGCAAAAUAUUCGACAUUUUCAUGGUAAGAAAUAAAGUUUACUCUUUCUCUCAGCUUUGCAUCAGAUAAAUUAAAAUAUUAUAUGAUCAAAAGUCAAAAUUUCCAAUCUGCAUCACAGCGUAAAUGACUUACUUGUACUGGAUUACAUGACAAAAAACAAAACCUAUUGGCAAUUGAGAGCGAAUUUCUUACAUUUCCUAUCCGUUGACUAAAAUGUAAAUAAUACUCACCAAAUUAGGGAAGAAUAAUGAAUGGAAACGAAGGAUCGCAGAUGAAAGGAUAAAUAAAUGAAUAAAUAAACCACCAACAGGUACACACAUACAAGGAAUUUCUACUCUGCAACUCUAGAAUGACGUUUGCAAAGAACGGUGCCUUCCUACGAAGAUGAGAAAGAGCGCGAACGCGAGCAAAAAAAGAGAGCGAGAGAACACGGGCAAACUAGAUAGAGAUAGACAUAGAAGAUAGAGAGAGCAAUCUGUCGGACAGUUGUGCAUUCAACCGGGACAACAUAGAAAAACAAAAUAGAAUCAGCAAGCCAAAAAUAGAACAAAACCGAAGAAAGGAAUGCAAUGCUUAACACGAACGAACCAAUGGAUGGAUGGAACCGGGUUUAAGGACAACACAAAACAUCAGAGCAAAGAAAAACGGCGCGGAAAAAAGAAAUAGAAAACUGACCUCUCAACCAGUUGAGAUCUAGCAAAAAAAAAGGGGAAAAGCAAAAACAGUAGAUAGAAACAAAUUUUUCAUUUGAAGCAUAACAAAAAUGAAAGAUGAAUUUUUAAAAGCUUAGAACGAAAACAUAGUAAAGUAAAUAGCCUAAUUUAAAUGUAAACGAAGAAAAAAACAACAAUUAAAAAAACAGGCCUUAUAAUGAACACUAUAUGCAAGGAGAAUGAAACGAAAAGAAUCAAGCAGAAAAAGAGGGUAAGGUAGCGUUGAAGAAAACAGCAAACGGGACAAAGCAGAAGGUAACCAAAACAAGCAAAACAUACAAACAAGAAGUACAGAGUUAGACAAUUUUUUACAUCAUCGUAGCAUGCAAAGAGAACUUAUAAAUUAUAAACCAAUUGAUUGUUAUUAUACAAAACAUAUUGAGGAGCAUAAGUGAAUAAUUUUAUCGACUUAUAAGCGUUUGAAUUAAAACCCAACUUACUCUUGGAAACAAGAUUAGAGAAACAAAACAAAAAAAAAAGGAAUUACAAGAAAACAGAAAAUUGAUUAAGCUCGUGUGUUGAACACAAAUACACGAACACAUUUAACAUUAAGCCACAAGAGAAAAAAAACGCGUUUCAAUAAAAACAUUCCGUCUAUAUGUGAUUUUUAGAGCUAGCUGGGCGAUUACAGCCAGGUUGAGGGAAAGCGAAAAUAAUGUGGAGUCCUGGAAGAAGAGAUAGGGAUUUUGUUACGUUCGAUAAGUAGGUUGUAUUUUACGUCUGUUGAAUGAUUAUAUAUAUAUAUAUAUAUUUUGGUCUUUUUUUUCUCAGAUAUAUUUUAAGUGCGUUGUAUCAUUUAAGGCGUUAAGUAGGAAAAAGGCUCUAUUUUUAUUUUUCGUGUUCCCGCGAAAAACUAGCAGAUAGCUUAAUAAGUUUGGAAUGCGGAAGGAAUCUAUACCAAGUGUAUUUUCGAGAGCUCACAUUUUGUUUAUUACUCGAUAGUGUGAAAAAAAUGAAGAAAUGAAUGAAACAGAAGCGCUCUUAUUAAUCUAAAUUAGUUAGAAUUAUUCGGCAUUCAACAAUUGAAGAAUGAAAAAAAACAAGUGGAAAUCAUAUUCUCAGUCUUUUCUUUAAAUUCGGCAAGGCAUCGAAAUCGAUAUGAUAUUACCACAAUUAAGAAAAUAACAGUAAUAAACGUUGAAUUGUUCGUCGAAUUUUUUCGUGGUUGACCCUUUGUGACACUUGAAAAGUAUAUAUUCAAAUCAUCCACACACAUACACACACACAUUUCAGUGAGAACAUGUGAAUCAAAAUAAUGAACUGUCAUUUCAUUCAAGCAACAACAAAGAUUAGUGUGAGAGUACACAUAACAAACAAGCAAACAAAAAACAAAGAAUACAAAAAUGCAUACAUAUUACUACUAUAAACGAUGGUGAUGGUUCAAAUUAUGAAUUAAAACGAUUAAAAAAAACAAAACUCAAAUACAAAAUUU